GUCCACCUACUCCCUCCUACCCCACAACCUUUUGAAACAACCAACUCAAAAACCAUUUCGGGGUUGGUAAAAACCACCAACCCUCGCUCUAUAAAGUCAACUCCAGCUCCAAAUUUCCUUCCCUUCCAAAGAACUAAAAAAUGCCACCAGCACAAUCAGAAACAGCAGCUGCACCGCCUAUGGCGCCGCCGCCUCAGAACUUCUGGGGUGACAUGCCGGAGGAAGAAUACUACUCUUCCCAAGGAGUCCGCAACGCACAAUCGUACUUCGAAACCCCAAAUGGCAAACUCUUUACUCAAUCAUUCCUACCACUUGACACCACCCAGCCCAUCAAGGCCACCGUGUAUAUGUCCCACGGUUACGGUUCCGAUACCGGGUGGCUCUUCCAGAAGAUCUGCAUCCACUAUGCCACCUGGGGCUACGCCGUCUUCGCCGCUGACCUCCUUGGCCACGGCCGCUCCGAAGGGAUCCGUUGCUACCUAGGGGAAAUGGAUAAGGUGGCUGCCUCCUCUUUGAGCUUCUUCAAGAGCGUGAGGUUUAGCGAUGAGUACAAGCAUUUACCGGCUUUUCUGUUUGGGGAAUCCAUGGGUGGACUUGCCACCAUGUCGAUGUACUUCCAAUCGGAGCCUGGAACUUGGACUGGGUUGAUCUUCUCCGCCCCGCUCUUUGUAAUUCCGGAACCAAUGAAGCCGUCUAAGGUACAUUUAUUCAUGUAUGGAUUGCUAUUCGGAUUAGCUGAUACAUGGGCAGCCAUGCCGGACAAUAAGAUGGUAGGGAAGGCCAUUAAAGACCCCGAAAAGUUGAAGAUUAUCGCGAGUAAUCCAAGAAGAUACACCGGGAAGCCUAGAGUUGGAACAAUGAGAGAGAUAGCAAGGCAAUGCGAGUACAUACAAAGCAAUUUCCACAAGGUGACAGUGCCAUUUUUGACAGUCCAUGGAACUUUGGACGGAGUGACUUGCCCAUCCGGGUCGAAAAUGUUGUACGAAAAGGCAAGCAGUGAGGACAAGAGUUUGAAGGUGUAUGAAGGAAUGUACCAUUCAUUGAUCCAAGGAGAGCCUGAUGAAAGUGCAAAUCUUGUGUUGGCAGACAUGAGAGCUUGGAUUGAUGAAAGAGUUGAGAGGUAUGGUCAAAUUUCCAAAGUGUAAUGACACUGAGUAAUUGUCAUAUUAUGAGCUUUUAUCGAAAUGUUUUUAUACUUUGAGGUUGUUGUGAUAAUUGAGAAAAGUGAAUAUAAAUAAAUGUUGAACUUAUAUAUAAUUAGGAAUUUGGAUAAAAUGGAUUCUAUUUAUAAUCGAA